CUAACAAGGGGAUAGAAAAAUAAUCAAGAAAUGGCUCUAACUCACAAUGUAUGGGCAUUUGUGUUUGGAAUCAUGGGUAACAUCAUAUCAUUCGUCGUGUUCUUGGCCCCAGUGCCCACGUUUGUACGGAUAUGCAAGAAGAAAUCAACCGAAGGAUUUCAGUCUCUUCCCUAUGUUUCAGCUCUUUUUAGUGCGAUGCUUUGGAUUUACUACGCUAUGCAAAAGGAUGGCUCAGGCUUCCUUCUCAUCACCAUAAACGCUGUUGGAUUGGUCAUCGAAACCAUCUACAUCGUCCUCUUUGUAACCUAUGCUAACAAGAAAACUAGAGUAUCCACUUUAAAAGUUCUUGGUCUCUUGAACUUUUUGGGGUUUGCCGCCAUUGUUCUUGUUUGCGAGCUCUUAACCAAAGGUUCGACACGUGAGAAAGUUCUCGGAGGGAUUUGCGUUGGAUUUUCCGUCAGUGUCUUCGCAGCUCCUUUGAGUAUCAUGAGAGUGGUGGUACGAACAAGAAGUGUGGAGUUUAUGCCUUUCUCUUUAUCGUUGUUUCUUACAAUUAGCGCCGUCACGUGGCUCUUCUACGGUCUCGCUAUUAAAGACUUCUACGUUGCGCUUCCAAAUGUAUUGGGCGCGUUCUUAGGAGCUGUUCAAAUGAUUCUCUACAUAAUUUUCAAGUACUACAAAACUCCUGUGGCUGAGAAGACAGACAAAUCUAAAGCCGUGUCCGAUCAUUCCAUCGACAUAGCAAAGCUAACCACCGUUAUACCCGGUCCAAUUUCGGACUCAGCAGUUCAUCAACCGCCUGUUAUUCACAAUGUUCCCGAGACUCAAAUUCAAGUGACUGAGGUCAAGAGCCAAAACAUAACUGAUCCAAAAGAUCAAAUCAACAAGGAUGUCGAGAACCAAAGUCAAGUUUAAGUAGUGAAUCUUAUUUAGAGACUCAUUAAUAAUGCAUUGUUUGAGUUGUGCACUCUAGCUAACUUUCCUUCUACUCUAGCUUUUUCGAUUUUGUGGUUCGUCUCUUUAAAUCUUAGUUCUCCUGUACCACUUUUUUCUUAUCAUUUUAUUUUCCAGGGUAUCUGGAAAUUGUGUUAUGAUCAAUAAAUAAGUUGUUUUCUA